AAUAAAAUAAUACUUUCGUUAAACUCUUGAAUCAAUAGUUUGUAUUGAAAAAGUUAUUAUUUAUAACGAAAUCUCGACCGGAUGUUAUUUACUGACGUGACGACGAAUGGCGGUACUUCCCAAAAUGAAAAGUUAAUAAUAGAAUAGUGGCAAAAUGCAAAUACUUCAAGAUCUUUUUGACAGCUAACUUUUACUCGCCCCAGAUACGAACUUGUGUAUCUAACAAAACUGCAAUCUCUAGUAAGGUAAUAUGGAGUUUACCGUGAAGUGUGUGACGCCUCCAAACGGUUGUGAAGCAGAAAUAUCAGCUUUAAAUGAAGCUUUCAAUAUUCUUGCUGACAAAAGCUUUAGUCCAAACUGGAUAUCACAAGAAGAUUGUUUACAUGUUCAAAAGCAAACUGAAGAUUGUGUUUAUGUGAUGGAUCCAUUUGAUGGGCCAGCAUUUGAACACCUUAGACAUCUAGGCUGUAGAAUAUUUGGACCUCAGUGCAUAAUGUCUUCCAUGCUGCUGAAAAUGGUAAUUCCACGUAAGAAACAUCCAGUCUACAAUGUUGCUAUGAAAGAUGUAGUGGUUUCAUGCACAAGCCUGGACAAAGAAACACGGGAUAUGGUACAUCUGCUUGUGGAACAGAUGGGUGGUGAUAUAAGCCGAAGUCUUACUGCAGAUGUCACACACUUGAUUGCAGGUGGUGUUGGAAGUCAGAAAUACCUGGUAGCAUGUAGGCAAGGAAUGCAUGUAAUGACAGCUGAGUGGGUGCAGGCAGUGUGGGAAAGGGCCAGACACGGUCACAUCCAUGCUACAGAUGACCAGUUUUCCAGAUUCAAAUGCCCGGUGUUCAAAGGCUUGGUGGUGUGUGUUUCUGGGUUGGAUGCAGAGGAGAGAAAAAGCGUCAAGCGUUAUGUUGAACAGGAAGGAGGAAAGUACUCAGGAGAACUGAAGCUAUCUGAAUGUACCCAUCUUAUUGUGAAAGAACCCAAAGGAAACAAAUACGAGCAUGCUCGAAAAUGGAAUAUACACAUCGUUAGUUUGAAGUGGCUAUAUGACUCCCUAGACAACAACUUCUGUCAGUCAGAGGAGGUCUACAUUGUCCAACCAACAAGUAUUGCUUCAGGUUUGAAAACAUCUACUCCAGAGAGAACUCACCGUUCAGCACUAGCACCAAACAUUGCUGAUAUCAGUGCCAUCAGCAUGUGCUCUACACAUGUCAAUGAUACUGCCCUUCAAACAACACGUUUCUGCGAUCCAACCGCUGACUCCUUUGAUACACUUGACCUGACCUCUGUACCAGCAGAGCCUUUUCUUGACGGUUGCAAGAUUUACCUGAGUGGUGUGACUGGGGCUGUGUUAGAGAAACUGCGCCGAAUCAUCAAUUCAGCAGGAGGCACAAGGUUUAAUGCUAUCACUGAUCGUGUAACUCAUAUUGUAAUGGGCGAUCGCUGUGAAGCAGACCUGGCUGCUGUAAAGGAAAUGGAACACAGGCCCUUUGUGGUGAAGCCUGCUUGGCUAGCAGAGAGCUUCAAACAAGGACAACAGCUUCCAGUAGAUGCCUUUCUGUCCCCCUUCCUGCCAACCCCUGAACUGGGACUUACAAAGUCUCUGAGGACAAAAUCACCUUCUACAGAAUCAACUCCACAAAAGGAAAAGACAGCGAAGAGCCAUGUGGACAACGAGAGUGACAUGGCAGAACUGCUGAGUCAGUACCUGGACACUGGAGCAAGGAAGCUAAUACCACAGUUCGGCCAGGCAGCAGAUGAAUUAGUGACUGAAGCUGGAGGCCAUUUAUUACAUAGUUAUAGUCACGGUCGACGGGUACCUGACUUUACAGUGGUUCCUGUGCAAGGCAGUCCUACAGAAAGUUCUGCCACUGAAGUUGUCACCAAUGCUUGGAUGCAAAUGUGUUUGGAAAGUCAGACUUGGCUGCCUAUCAACAGCAAUCCUAUUUUUCAACCUAUCGGUAUUGAUUUGUCUUCUCAGCCUUUGCAGAACUGUGUCCUGUCUAUCAGUGGUUAUGUCGGAGUAGAAAGAGACUGUCUGAAUCACAUUGCUGAUCUGUUGGGAGCAGUAUCUCAGGAGUUUUUUGUCCGCAAAGCACGCAAGAAUCUGCUAGCUAGUACCCACCUUAUUGUCAAGGAAGCUACUGGGUCAAAGUUUAAAGCUGCCAAAGACUGGGGUAUACCAGCUAUGACUAAAGAAUGGCUCAUUGCUUGUGCUAAGUCUGGGAAGAGAGAAAGCGAGCAGAGGUUCUUUGUUGAUAACCAAUCUUCAGAAAUGUCUCCUUCAUUGUCUAUCAAUAAAACUUCAGCUUUACCUCAGCAAGUGCUCAUAAAUGAAUCCGAAAGUUGCGCAAGUGUGAAACAGUCUUCGUCGGAAACAAGUGAGCAGUUUCCAUCCAACAAAAAUGGUUCAAAACAUGCAGAUACAGUUGAACUAUGCACUGCUUUGGCAGGGCAGAAUGUUGACACAAAGGGUGACCAACAGUCUAAAGACAGCUCAUCUCUUAGUAGAGUUCAUCAAAUCAAAGAGUUAAAGAAAGGCAAACCUGGAUUGGUAUCAGAGAACCAAGGAAGCAGCCCAAAUAGAGGUACAAUUGUGGCAGAACAAAGAAAAGAGGAGACAGAAAAAGCCAAAGUGCUGCCCUCCUCCCCAGUGGCUCCAAAAAGUCUGCACCAAAAGAACUCCACUCACUUGAGUCAAAAAGAGAAUGUAGGGGCCACUGUUACAGGGAGGGGAACCGGAAGCCCUCUCCGAGAGAGGGUUACAGCAACUCCUACCAGAGGCAAAAUGGCAGUGGCAAAAGUGGGUGGUGUGCAGGCUGCACACAACAGGGUGGAGGAACUCCUACAGCAAGAGCAAAAAGCAAUAUUAUCACCUGGCAAUGAGAGUCCUCGCACCUACCUAGCCCCAGGCUACAAACCCAAGUACAAUCUUACUGGUGUCUUGGAUUACUAUAAGACUCCAGAAGGGAGAAGAGAAAGUCUGCCUUUAGAGGAUUUUGUCUCCAAGUGCAUGAUGGAAGGAGUCAAAAACACAGCCAACAGUCGCAUCAUAGAUUCCCCAGCUUGUUCAUCGCAAACAUCUCAGGCAGAGCAGCGAGGAGCACUGGAAGGAGUAGUUAUUUCAGUCAGUAAAAAGUUGGCUGCUAAUCAAACAGAGUACAAUUCGUUAGUGGUAGAGCUGGGGGGAGAUUACACCUGGCAGUACUCACCCACCUGCACUCAUUUUGUUUUCCAGGGCCGUAUAAAUGAUGCUAACAAAGAACUUCGGCAGGCCAAGAACCAGGGAAAAAUAAUAGUUUCCCCAUGCUGGCUGUAUGCGUGCAUGGAGCAGAAGGCGCGAGUGGAUGAAUCCUUGUACCCACACAACUAUAACCCCAGCCUCAACCUGGGUGACAUUGUGAUGAAAGAUGCACCAAGUAAAGCCUUGCGACGCUCAACAAGACAUAAUCCUAAAGAAACCCCUAACACAGCAAAAACACCCACCCAGCAGCCACAACAAGAAACAGCCUGGCAAGAGAGUAUGAAGGCAAUGAGCAGCUGGCAAGGGGUUGCCAAGGAUCCUGGCAACAUUAAGGAUGCUGCUGGUUCAGCAUCCACAGUAGAGAUGGAGAGGGCAGCUGCUGACAAAGAUGAUAACUCUUGUGCUUUUGCUGAUGAAAAAGAAAAGAAUGCGAAUAGGCCUGACACUGGUUUGACACGCCAUGAAGAUGAACAGAUGAAAGAAGCGGUGACAGGUGGGAGUCUGGAUGUCAGGGAAGCCCUGGGUCAAACUGUUGAGACUCUCAAGAAUACUUCUAAAUCUAAAAGGUCGGGUAAAAAGAGGAGCAGGAGAGCAGACGGAAGCUGUGGACAGCAAAAUGUGUCUGGGAGUAUGUCAGGCAACAAUUCAGACAGUGGUCAUCCGGCCAGCCCCUGGCUUCACCAACAUGCACCAGCUAACCUUCAUGCACUGCAGAUGGAUAGCCAUCCCCCUGAAGUAUCCCAAAGCAUACAGAUUACAUGGGAUGACCCAAUAGGCCGACAAGAAGAAGAGAAGCUAGCAGAUCAGCUGGACCAUAGCCAAAGUCACACUCAGAACACAGAAGAUUUCAUGGCUGAGAUGGAAAUGCCAGACCUUGACACAUCAGUCAACAGCUCAUUGUCUGAAAUCAAGAACAAGCCAACUUCUAGGCUUCGACCUCAAGUUGGCUGGUCACCUACACCUGAACACCCACUCAUUGUAAAGGCUACAGUUCCACAGCCUUGUGUCGAAAGUCCUGACAGUUGUCAGCGACCUUGUGCACCUCCUAUCAUACUCAUCUCAGGAAUGGCACAGCAGGAGAGACUGGAAUAUGGAGCUCUUGUGGAAAAGUUGGGAGGACAGGUGUUGGAUCGCCAGCACUUUGAUACUGAAUGUACUCACCUUGUUGUAGGUCAGCCAACUCGCAAUGAAAAAUUUUUGGCUGCUGUGGCUACUGGACGAUGGGUGUUGCAUAAAUCUUAUUUUAUUGCUUGCCAGCAGGAGCAGAAUUUUGUCAGGGAGGAAGACCAUGAGUGGGGAGGGCCUGCCACAGCCAGUCUCUUGCAGAAUCUUUCUUCACAAACUCAAAAACUUGCAGCAGCUGCAUUCAAGUGGAGACAAAAGCUUCAGCAAAUGAAGAAGAGUAAUCCAGCUUGCAAGGGAGCUUACCAAGAUUGGCAAGUGGUCCUUUUGACAGACAAAGCAAGAGAGAAUAACUUCAGACGCCUUCUUUCUGCAGGAGGAGCUACAGUGCUCAAUAUACGGCCCCCUUUAAAAAAGGAUCUAAAAGCUACACAUGCCUUUGUGGACUUCAACAAGAUGAUGCUGUCUCAGGAUGAUAUAAAUGUGCUUGCUACUGGAGUGACCCAUUGCCUGAAGCCAGAAUACAUUGCUGCACACCUGACUGAUGAUUCAGAAUGCAGUAUAGCUGAAUACACAUUACCUGAAAUUGCUGCUGUUACUGAAAGCAUGGCAGAUCCAUCAGGAAGGAAACGAAAGAUAGCAGCCGAUGAUACAGGAGAGAGAAAGAAGCGAUCUCGGCGAUGAUUAAGCCCAUGGGGCCUCCAAGACCUUUCUGCAACCUUUUCUCUUGAAUUCUGCAAACAACUGAAGGUUGCUACCUCAUCAGUCUUAGGAAUCUGUCUUCAACCUGUUAUGGUGAUGGUGCUGUGGAAAGCGCUUUAAAAAAAGGCGCACAAAGUGUAAUGCAGUUAUGUAAUGAUAUAAUGAUGUUAUAGUGAUUUGGUGGACAAUAGUUGAGGUGUGACAAAAGAAAUGUGCCAUGAGUUUUGCUCAGAGAUUUUUCUCAAAUGCUGCGGUGAGAGAAGAGAUCUCAGUCCAAAGAUAUCAUUUUGUUUUGUAUAUAACAUUACAAAUAUUUCACCACACCAUUUCACUGUGACCAUAUACUUCAGAAUCUUUUGGGUUGUUUCUUCUGUUAUGCAAGAAUACAGCAGUAGUUUUCUGCUGAGAAAUGCAUUAGUGACAUAUCAGCCAGUCUGAUGUGAAAUGGAACAGUGUGGUGUUAGCUUCUUUGAGCUCAGACUUGUGUUGAGACAGUUGAAAAAGCAUUUUUGGUAUUUUAUGUGUGUACUUUCAUCAUGUUUAGCCUUUCUUUGACAUUGGUGCUUAGCAUGCAUGUAUAUGCAAGGCAAGUAGAUUUGUUAAUAAGAAAUGCCAGAUAGAGCAUGCAGUAUUUUCAUUUGGCUUUUAUUUUAAAAUAAACCACUUGUGUUCAUUUCCUGCAGCAGUAAACAGUAUGACAGUGCUUCUCUCAUGUUUUUCAGAAUAAAAUCAUUGUCUUCUAAGAGCCUUUCACGAAUCUAACACAGUUAUUUAAAUUCUGCAAGCAGAAGGAAACCACAUGAUAUAUAAACAAAAAUAUCACUCAGUAAAAGGGCAAUAGCUGCUUAAGAAACUGUUCUCUUGAGCAACUACUUUUGUAAGUAUUUUUGAGAAUUUGAUUUUACCACUUUCUUCUUGUUUUACUGGCAUUUUUCAGUCUUCAUGCCUGUAAAGAAGAAUGCUGAAUGUCUUUUAUCCUGCAUGUGUGUGUGUGCAUUUGUCUAUUUGAAGAUGUCUUUUAAAAAUAUAAAAUAUAAAUGGCCAGUAUCAAUAUCAGGGCUAUUGUGUGGUUUUAUGGGUCGUGUGCAAGAUAAAUUGACAAAUCUGUAACAAAUAGCUGUUCUAAAGUGCCUUCUGUAUCUUAAAAAAUGAUUCAUUAGUAACAUUCCACAAAUAAACUGGUCAGUAGCUGAUUCUUGCAAGGAAAAACCUUUUUUAAAUGUUAUGAUAAUAUUAAAGGGUUUAUUUUAAGACUUAAGUUCAACAAGUAAAAAUUGCUUCUGUUGCUGGCCUUAAGGGUAGUCACGGUAAGCUUUUGUGCUGAUGUUUAUUUCCUGGUGUCAUCAGCAUCUUUUACUGUUUUUGUGAUUUAUUCCCAGAUCUCUCCAUCAACAUAUGCAAUCCAACAUUUGAGAUAUUUUAUCUUCCUAAGUCUUGAUCUUGCAAUGAUUGUUUCUAUUAGAGGUAAUGAAUAAAGUGCGGAGUAAAUAGUAGCCUAUGUCACCUGCAUCAUUCCUUUAGUUUAACCAUUCUUCCUGUCAAAGCUGUUGCCUUGGCAUGACCAUCAAACAACAAAGGGCUCCACCUUCACAGACAUCUCGCAAGUGCACUGUUCAAUCCAGCCAGUAAAUGCAUAUUUGUAGGACAGACACAAAAAUGUGUUGUCCCUGAUUCAACUACCACCAGACAAUGCUCAUGUGAGGUUCUGAUAAUGCCAAGCCUGUUCAUUGCAGUUCUGAGGUGGCGAAAAGUUCCAGCCCUAUGUCGCAGAAGAAGAGCCUAUAGGUGGCAGGAUCAGAGAGAAUAUAGGUGGCAGAGUUCUGAGCCUGUAUACAUGUGGAUGGGCGUUUUCUGUCCUGAGAAAGUAUUUGAAAUGGACCUGGAAGACAAAAUCAAAUUCUGGAUGACUGAGGGCAGAAAAAGCACAAUGAACAAUUGUAGUAAUGUAAGUUUUCAGUCGAUUUGUGACCCCAUCUACGACAGGAAUUUCGUGAGGUUUGGGCUCCAAAACAGUUAUGCAUACUGAACUCAGCAUCUCCAGAGGUGCGCAAGACAAGAUAAAAGACAAGGAAGACAAGAUAAAAAUCUGCACCAGUGACUUAAAGGCCCUGGGAGGUGAUGAUGGGGUAAAAGGAAAACUAAGUCAUUAAUUUUAGGGAAAAAAUAUAGUUGGGCAUUGUGAAAAAGAUGAUAAUUACUUACUGUAUGUUAAUAAAUGGCAAUUGGUUCAUUUUGUUAUAGAGAGUUCCCAAGAGUUCGUGAACUUAAGAUAUCCUGAGAGAGUGUUUGAGUAUCUAAGUUUGUUUUUUCAUUCCCAGGAAAACAAUUUGGCUUUCAUGUGUAUGGCAGAAUGUGACUGUACAGUUGAGGAAAUGAAAGUUGCUUUCAUCUUUUUAAAAUACAGGGUGUUGACAGUCAUUUCACCAGAUGAAUAAACACGUGGCUCAAUUCCUCAUUGUUCCCUUAACCCCACUGUCACCUCGAACACAAUCAUAUCUCAUCACAGAAACUGGGCCUCUGUUGUGCAACACCUCUGAUAUUUAUGCACUGAAAUAUAUAUGUGUGUGUGUAUAUAUAUAAAAAGGAAAAUUCAAAUCUUUUACCUGUAUUUUUAAUAAUGUAUCUUGUAUAUAAAAUUGAAAUGCAGUUGGAAAUGUCAUGUCUAGGCAGAUGUGUCAGAUUUCUAUUGCAUUAAAGUUAUCAGAAUCUUU